UCCCAAGCCUAGCUCCAUCCUCCUCGAGACUUGUGCCGAAGCGUCCACUCGGCUGCCAACCUGAUGAUACCCGAAUCGGAAUCAGCUGCCCAUUCCCGCCAAACAGCAGCACCCCAUGGGAUCGACCGUCUGCUUCUCAAAAGCCCUGAUCCCUAUCCUGGCGCCGAGUACCUCCCCCUGGCAACUCUGCUCUUACCGGCACUGGGAUCGACGAUCCACGGCUCGGUGGCCGAUUGGCAGCGUCUCCUCCUUCUUGGCUUCACUCUGCAUCAUCUGAUACAGUUCAUGAGAUGUCCGUCGGGACUGAUUCGUGCCUCACACGUCCCAGCCGCUCCGAUCCAUUCAGAAAUACCGCCUACCGCCAAUUGGGCACUCGUCGAGCUCAGGAUCAUCAAGAUAUCAGCCAUCCUCGUACUUCUGGCUUCACCCUUUCUGGCAGUAGGAUUCCUUCGAGCAGUCCAAUCAGCCAUGCGACCAGGAGAGCCGCUCGUCGAUCGAUUUGCCACACGGCUUUGCUUCAUCGCCGUGGCCGUUCGACCGUGCGCCUAUCUGUUCAAUAUCUUUCGGCCCCAUCGAUCCCAGGCUCCGAGUCAUUUCCCGACAGCUGCCGAGGAGCUCAAGGUGCGCUCACAGGCCUUAGAAAAGGCGCUCAUCGGACGGGAAGCAGUCGCAGCCACCACCUCUGAUUUAAACGAGCUGCGCGAUCGGAUCAAGGAUCCCAUCGCAGAUCUUCGUCGAGCCUUGGACACCCUUGCUCGACAUCGAAAAUCGUCAAUCCCGGCCACCACCUCCGCUCAGCAAGCUCUAUCCAAAACCACGGGCCAGCUCGCCCAGCGCACCCAAAACUUGGUCGAUUUAGUCAAGCAGCGCGUAGCACUUGCUGAUCAACGCCGAUCCUCAACAUCGGCCGUCCUACUGGCACGUACUAACGAUUUCAUCACCUCUACUGGAACUACACUCCAGCGUCUUGGAACUACCCUGGCACCGCCGCAAGCCAACACCCAGUAUCAUUAAAAUGUACGAUUAUGUAACACUACUUUUGGUAGAUCAAUAGUCCAUCUGCUCGACACAGGACACUCUACCUUUUCGUAUUCUGUCUUUUGUUCUGAUACCGUGACUCCGAUCAUAUCGACCUCGGAUAAACUAGUACCCAGAUUACCAAACCGAACCCAACCAAACAUUAAGGACUCUCAAUCAUGCAGUUUCAGCUCGACAAUCAAUCACCUAAGCAAAACCAUGAAUAAAGCAUUCAAGAUAUCAAGCUUGUUAUACUUUGACUUGUAAUCUCACUAAGCUUCAAACAAGAAGUGACUAUUUAUUUAUCAGCACAAUCAAACCAUGUAGCAAUUUUAUCAUGUCCUGAUUAUUUAUUUGUUGAACAAAUUCCCACAAAGCUUGUGUGCCAGUUUGAGACUCAACUCCACGUCCUUAGACUUCCUCAAUGGGGCUCUUAAGGA